AUGAAUGUGAGUCAUCUCACCAUUGGAGAGAUUGAGCACGAGCUUCUUAUUCGUAAUCUUCUGUUCCGUAAAGUUGACCAUGAAAGUAUCAAACGUAGAAAGCUGAAAGAUAGAAUGAAAGAAGAGAGAGAUAUGGGAGUGGUGUCCACAGCGUUUGCAAGAACGUGGAGAUCGGCAGAAGAUGAGAUUGCUGUGAUAAGCUCAAAUCUCACAGCGAUCGCGGAGCUCUUAGAUUGCCCAAGAUCAGAUGCUAGGCAGAUCGAAAAGCUCAAAACUAGAUUGAUACAUUACCAUGUUCGAACGGCUCUGUUGUCCAUGGCAAUGGAUGCGCGUAAAUACAAGUCACAAGUAGAAUCGAUCGAAGAACAGAUCGACACUAUGUUCCAUAAACACUUCUCUUUGCCGUCUGUUUCCGGUGAAAGUGAGGCAGCAAUAAAGCCAGUAAACACAAGUAUUUCUCAGGCCCUAGAAGAAGUUAGAAGUGAAAUAGCAGUCUUAAAUGAAACGGUUGUCGCGUUAGAAGAGGAAGACUUAGUGGUGAGUACAGCGGAAGAAGGGACAGGACCGAAAUCAAUAGAAUAUAGAAUACAUGAAAUGGAAUCUUCUAUGAGAAGAGCGGAAGAGAUUCUGAGCAAGUUAACUGAGUACGAAGAGGGAAAAGUUGAAAAUAUAGGACACCUUGUAAGGGCAUUUAAAGAUUUCGUUCUACAAACAUCUAAUCAAGAGAAAACUAGACGUGAGCAAGAAAUAGAGGUCGAAAAAGAGAGGAAAAGAGAGGCAGAAUUAAACAUUGAAAGGAAAAAGAAGUUAGAGAGAUUGUUGGUAGAAUUAUAUGAAAAAGUCAAGUGCGAAUCGGCGGGGGGAAAAUCGCUUGAACUACCUAGCGACUCCUUCAAAAAGAAUCAGAAUGGGAAAGAAUCGUUGAAAAGUCAGGAGAGCAAUUUAAAAUCAAAAACUAACCAGGGUAAAAUGAGCAUAUUAGAAUCGAACAGCAGCGAUAGAGAUUCAACUUCUAAUACGGAUGUGUCGGAAUCUGAGCAAGCUCGGAUGUUACUGUGGGCAAGUAGAAGAAGAAAAGAAUUAUCAGAGAGCUCCUCAACGGAAAUGCAUAAUUGCGAACCGAGGAGAACAAGUAGACUUCGUAGGAAGUACAGAAACGUGGAGAGAAAAAAAAAGAAGUUAGUAAAGUUUAGUUCACCUGCUGAAUCGACACGAUCUUCUGAGUCCGAAAGCAUGAGUUCUGAUAGUAAUAGUUCAUUAGAUCCUUAUGAAAAAAGAAGGAAAAGGAAGUAUAGAAAAGAGAACAUAAGUUAUAGAAAGAAUAGGAAGGAACCAAUGAAAAGGAUUCCAAUUUUCGAAUGGAGACUCAAAUAUGAUGGAAAAGAUGGGGGGCGAAAAUUAGCUGAGUUUUUGAAAGAGAUCAAAAUGAGAUGUAGAUCCGAGGAGGUAACAGAUCGCGAACUUUUUCGGGCUGCCAUCCAUUUGUUUACUGGUCGUGCCAAGGAUUGGUACAUUGAGGGAAUUGAAAAUAGAGACUUUCGAAAUUGGUCGGAGUUGAAAAAGGAAUUGAAACGAGAGUUUCUCCCUCCCGACUUAGAUUUCCAGCUCGAAGUACAAGCAACGAAUCGCCGUCAGGCUAGAGGAGAAAAAUUUGCUGAUUAUUUCCACGAAAUGCAGAAAAUUUUCCAAUCUAUGACUAAAGCGAUUUCAGAUAGACGAAAAUUCAAUAUAAUCUGGCGAAACAUGCGUCAUGAUUAUAAAAACGCUCUAACGGGAGCAAAUAUCAGAUCUCUUAGUAAGCUCAGAAAAUAUGGUAGGAUUGUAGACGAGAAUAAUGUAAAUCUUUAUCAAAGAUCGAUUGAUAGCUCUAAUCAGUUGCGUCACAAUCACGUUAACGAAUUGGAAACUGAUGGUCGAUCAAAACAAAAAAAUAUGUCGAGCACUUCAACGAAGAAUACACGAAAUUUUACCAAUACCAAGAAAGAUUUAGAGAAAGGCGCAGCAGAGCACAGAAAGAUAGAACAGGAGAUGCAGGAUAGAAAAAAAAUGUCCGCCAAAAUAGACAGUCAGCAGGAAAACGGAAAAGAGGAGCCUAUGGAAGGCUCAUGUAAAGGUACCCUACUUACUUUGGUUCAACAGUAUGUACGCCCACCUAUUGGAACCUGCUACAACUGUCGUAAAAUGGGACACCAUUACGUCGAAUGUCCAGUCGAAAGGCAAAAGUUUUGUCGUCUCUGUGGCUUCGCGGAUGUUUUCACUAGCGCGUGUCCAUUUUGUCAAAAAAAUGCCACGAGUUCAGUUUAA